UUCUCAUUUUGUCAUGGUAGUACACAGAGACUACAACACACUCAAUGUACAAACUUCAUUUUAGAAGUUAAAAAGCAAGUUAAUUUUUUCCCGAAAAAAGCCAUCUGAGAAAGUGUAUAGAUUGCCUCUUUUAGUCGGACUAAGUUUUGGUCCGGUGGUCAAGCAUGAUAGGUGUUAAUGCGCCCAUUGAAAUGUAAUUUUAGUGACUUAAAUACAUUGUAUGUGCAAUGAUAUAGAAUAGUUCUCAUUUGAAUACUUUCCAUAUUAGCAAUGUAAUCCUAAGACACGUUUUCCACCCUCUUCAGCACACAAGGCACAUUAUGUUUCUGUCUCAGGCGUGAUCCAGACCGUGUAACAGACGCAUUGCUCAAACGUAACAGAAAAGGGAUUAAAUUAAAACUCCCCACUGUGUAAGCAUUUACUUAGGCUCUCUCUCUCUCUCUCUCCCGGUCUGAGCAGAUGGACAACACUCUCGUCUGCCCACCUGCUCCAUCCCGAAGAAUGGCUCAGUAUGACGUGUUCCACAAAACCACACACAAAAAAAAAGUGCCCAAAGGAGUCAUGCAGUUGUCGUGCGGCAGCCCUGUUGCACAAAAUCGGGAAAUUUACACUCGUAUGCAUUUGAUUAUUGUGGUCUCGGUUUCUGCUCCAAAAAAAUGACCUUGACAGAGGAAGUUCUUUAAUAAGAUGCUGGUUAUUUUCCUUGUCGCACCAUGUGCUUUUCAUACAUAAUAUUCAUAAUUUACUACAACGAGAAAUAAAAAUGAACACAUUCACACACAAAACAGUAAUAACACAACAGACACUAAAUGAUACAGACUCAGAGAAAACUACUGGGAUUUGAGAAUAAGAUAAAGGAUAUUUGGGACUGCUUUUAAAACUCGGUUUGUUGUUUUUCUCUCAGUUUAAAAAAAAAAUAUCAUCCUCAUAAUGAUGCUGAAAACCCAACGCAUAGUAAUAUAAAAAAAGCAGUGAUGACAGGGCAUCAAUAUUACUGAUCAUUAUGAAAAUACCAAGAGCAAAAAAACGAUGAUGUGUGUGUGUCACUCUGCAUUCAUGCACAUUUUGAAAGUUUUCAGUCCGGAGAUUAUCCGCUUCUAAUAAAGCUUUAGUGGUUCGGCUUUAAAGGAAAAGCUAAAGUUUCAUCCCUGGGGACUGUGCACACUAUUUAUAGGUGGAACUUUAAAGAUGCAUCAAGACGAGACAAGUAAAACCUCCCCUGACGGCCAAUUGUAAAUAAAACUCGUCUCUUAUGGCUAAGAUGAUUCGACAUCAAACAAAAAAAGGAGUGAGAUUUCUCAAGUGAAAGAUGGUAAGCCUCCAAUCACUGAUCAUAAUUUUAGAUGAAAAGAUUUUCUCUAAAAAUAAUCUGCCAACUAGCUUCUUUUUUUCCCCAGAUCAAUGCUUGUCAAGGACCCUUCAUAAUAUUUUUGUGUUUGUAUACGAUCAGUAAUUAAUAGCUGAGGUUACAUAGUGCAGUGUCUGUCGCAUGACAUGAACACUGGAAUACUGUAGGUUUUAUCAAAACAUAAUUUAAAUCACAAAGUUUACAUGCACAAUUAUUAAGAGCAGUAAUAACAUUCAGGCUGGAUUUUGACUUACAAGAGUUAUUCCUUCAACAAACAACAAUGAGACUCUUUUUGUUGUUUAUUCAAACUGGGCAGAGAACCAGACCGAGUACAUUUGAAAUUAUGUAAUGUUGUAUUUUGUGUUUGUGUUCCUGUCCGCCGUUAUUUGAUUUGAUCGUGUUUGAUCGCUUUCCUAAAGCCAGAGCAGGCGCCAGUUAAAACACAAUUCACAGCCCAAAUCUACUGUCUUAACACUUGUAAAUCAUAAGAAUAAAAAAGAACCUCUCAGUUCCUCUGCUCAGAGCAAAUAACACUGGCUGAGUUUAAAAACGGUUAAUUGUUUCCUCCCAUGUGAAGACAAUGCUAAUGUAAACAAGUGUUAACAGCAUCAUUUCGUUUUUAGCAGUUUUCUGGCACCUGUGGUCAAAUCAGCAGGUUCCAAUUCUGUUUUAAAUCUAGCUGGUGGGGUGAUGUGGAUCUUUACAGGUGAUGUUAAGACUAAACCACAAUCUAAUACAUGUCUGUAAAGGGGUUGUAAUUGGAGUUUUUGCAGCAGGCAGUCUCUCUCUCUCCCUCCCUCUCAUUGGCUCUCUCUCUCUCUCUCUCUCCCCCUGAGUCCCUCGCUCGUCGGGGUCUGUUCCACUCGGUCUGAGACUGGCUCUGUGGAGUGAAGCGGUCCCGGAGGUGUCCGGCAACGCGCCGGUGAUGCUUCUCCACUCGAACUAGUUACUACUCUACUUUGUCCUUUGGAAAGUGCGUGGUCUGCCUUUGCACACUUGUUUUUUUUUUUCUUCUCUCUCUCUCCCAAGGAAUAGAGAAGUGCGCGCCUGCGCCGCACUUUUACGCACGGCAGUUGGAAUCGGCCUCAUUCCCUUUACGCAUGGCUGCGGCUCCUCGUCUCCACGGGAGAUGCCGCCGGGCCUACGGGAGCGUGUCGGCGCGCCGAGGGCGGAGUACAAAGUGAGCACGAUGCGGGGCACCGGGCUGCUGCUCGGCUACCUCCUGGCGAAAGUCGCGGUGUGCGCCGCGGAGGGCGGCGAGCCGGCGCGGGGGGCCGCCGCCGCCGACGACGACUUCAUGAUCAUGACCCCGUUCAACGAGUCGACGGGGGCGGGGAGCGCGGCGACGGAGGGGCCGCACACGGAGGACAAGUGCCGCGGCUACUACGACGUGAUGGGCCAGUGGGACCCGCCGUUCGUGUGCCGGACGGGCAGCUACCUGUACUGCUGCGGCACCUGUGGCUUCCGGUUCUGCUGCGCGUUCAAGAGCUCCCGGCUGGACCAGACCAACUGCAAGAACUACGACACGCCGCCGUGGAUGAUGACCGGCAAGCCCCCGCCGAAGGUGGACGUGGCGCUGGAGUCGGCGAAGGACAAGACGAACCUCAUCGUGUACGUGAUCUGCGGGGUCGUGGCCAUCAUUGCGCUCGUAGGGAUUUUCACCAAGCUCGGCUUGGAGAAGACGCAGCGUCCGCACAGAGACAACAUGUCCAGGGCUCUUGCCCACGUGAUCCGCCACCCAGCGUCCGAACACACGGACGACAUCGGACUGGGCCAUCACUACGAGAACAUACAAACCAGAGUCACAGUUAACAGUCUCCAUAGCAGCCAGAUGAACAACAUUGUCCAAACGUCGACGUUGAUCGCUCAGCCGUACCCGCCCGUGGGUCAGAUCACCAGCCCCUACGAGCAACAGAAGCCUGUCAAGGAUCUCAACAAGUACGCCACGCUCAAGGCUGUGGAGAAUGCCAAUGACGGCUUCUACAGCAACCGUCGGCAACUGAUCGAGAUGACAUCCAAGGGCAGCCUUCCAAUGGAAGCUGUGGACAUGGAGCCGGAGCCGAGCAAUCCCUACAGCCCGCCCAGACAGCUGUCCGCAAAGCAGAACGAACACAAAUACAAAAGCCCCAAGAGCCACAGCUCCCAUUCGCUGAUCUACUGCUCCAGCACAGUUGCCAGCCCGGCGAUACUAAGAUCCUGGGACGGCAAGGACGCGUCGGGACUCCGCCAGAGCUACGGCCCAAAGAAACUCUGCAUCGUGGAGAAGGAGCUGCACACCACUCGCUACAUGCCGCCACAACCAUACUUUGUCACCAACAGCAAGACAGAGGUGACAGUAUGAGGUAUUGUCUAAAACACCGGGCUUAAACGGAGUCUGGAUUUUAAAAAGACAAGAAACUGUUGACCGAGCAUGGUUUUGCAAUAAAGCAGCAUAGGCUGCUGUGUGUGUGCAGUUGUGCAUGUAACGGGCAGCAUUAAAGACGCCACCUUAAGGUGAAGUGUGCUGUAACAGAACUCGGUAGAAAUCACUGUGCCCCAGGAAGGCACAGUGAUGAAUAUAUUGUCAUCAAUAUUCAUAUAUUCCAAGUGCUCAGGCACAAAAGCUAAAUAUAUAACUUGUAUCGGUGAUGAGACGCGUGACACACACUGUACAGUAACAGUCAAUAAUCAACCAAGAUGUCAAAGGAAAGGAAAAAUUGUGUGGGUGGUUCAGGAGAUAGAGCGGGUCGUCGACUAACCAGAGGGUCGGAGGUUCGAUCCCGAGCUCCUCCAGUCUGCGUGACCAAGAAUCCUGUUGUUCAGACACUGCAUUCAUCGGAUGUAUGUGUGAAUGGGGGAAUGUGACUUGUACUGUCAAGCGUUUUGAGAGGUCGAUCAAAACAGAAAAGCGCAAUAUAAAAAUACAGUCCCUUUAAUCUAAUUUAAAUUAGAUUGUCUAAUGUAAUGUCAACUUGUCUUUGGUUGAUUGGAUAUAAAUGACAUGCUUUACUAGACAAUUUAAAGAUAAUAUUUGGAAAACGGUUGCAGUUUAAAGAAUAAAUGAAUCCAUUCAUCCAAUAAAUACGUUGUCCAACAUUAACCUUUUGGCUAACUGAUAAAUUUUGGAAAAAAUUACCUGAAAUUUUUGAACCAGUCAAAGUAUUUGUUCCUUUUUUACUUAUUUGAAAUUAAUUACUUUUCAGUAUGCAACACAAGUGACUGUGAAUAAGUUAAGAGGAUGAGUAACAUUAUUGGAGCUCAUCAUGUACAACUGAGUAUUAGGGGCACUAAAAAGGGAAAAAAUAAAUAAAUCUGAGAGUUCCCAAUAUUACGACAAUAAAGUCCUACAACAAAAUUCUUAAUCUGUUGUAUCAGGACUUUGAAAAGAUUGUGCAAGAUAUUCCCUCCAUUCAAUAGAAACAAACAGUCUUGGAGGAAAUUGCUGCGUUUAUUUUUUUCUCUGAAAGUAUUAUGAAUUUUUCAUCAUUAUAUUACAACGUUAUUAAUGCAAUAUUAUUACAUUUUUUCAUUAAAUUACGACGUUGUGCUCGGAAUAUUAUGUUAUUUUUAAUAUGGCCCUAAUAUUCUGCCGCAAUCAUUCCCUGUGACUUACCCGUGACUUAAGUGAGAAGUGUAUUAAUUCAAGAAUAAGAGAUGUACCUGAUUAUUCGGGUUCAUUUACAAAAUAUAGACAUUUUAGUCUUUGAAAGUGUGAAAACUUAACUUUAACUUGAGAUCUGUUUAAAUUCUGUGAAUGUAGUGUCACUGCAGACGUCUCACUUUGAAGGGACACUUGCUAAUCCAUUCAAACCAGGUCACUGCCAGCAGACUCCUACUAAUACAUGCAUUUCUAUGAUAACUAGAAGAAGAAGUAGCUGCAGAUGGUGGAAACAGUGUUGUAUUGGUGUAAUUGUGCCUCUUAUCAUUACCAGCAUGUGGGUGAUUAUCCUAGAGUAUACUGUAUAGGAAGCCCCAGUAUUAGAAUGGUGAUUAGGGUCUUAUUUUUAGUAAUUCAUCACGCGCCCAAAACAAAAGUAAUAUUUAGAUGGUUGGCUCACUUAAAUGUUUGAAACCAAGGUGAUUUUAAUAAUUUUUUAAUCUCACCUGUAAUGACUGUUAUCUGGUCAGAAACGUCCGUUGUCUGAGGUUAAUGAACUUUUGUUAGGAUGAAUCUAAAGAUGUGAAGCAAAGUAAAAAUGUUCGUGUUUCUUUUAAUCUGUUAUAUAAAUAAAUGGGUCCUGAAUUAGAACGACUGACCACAGCAACCCUACAAUACAACAAUAUGUACCUGCUGUUCUGUUAAUAUGCCAGAAAUCCUAAUGUUUUUGAUCAAAACUUUUUGUUAAAAUCCCAAAUGACAUACAAAAACUGAGAGCUAAAGAAACUUGCACCGAUUCCCCAGCCAAGAAAUAUAAAAGGGACACGCACGCCGGCCUGCAAGUCUUACUCAUGCGGUUGAUUAUUUCGAGCAGCUGAGGACAAGCUGAGUGGGAAGUGGCAGUUGUUAGUAUAAAGUUUUAUUUAUAUGUUCUCAAUGUCCAAGAAGUCUUACAAAACAAAAAAAUACAUAACAACGGCAGACUGUCGUAUUUUGGUAGCUGUUAGUCAACAUUUUCAAAAAUAUGUAUAUUUGGUGCACUAAAAUGUCUUUUCUCAUAAA